AUGACUGCGUCGUGGCUUCAUCUCAGCGAACUCGACACUUCUCUCGUUGAUGUUGUUUGUGUUGUGGCACGAGUUCAAUCGGUCAAUUCAAUACAACAAACUUUUAUCAUUUAUGACGAUGGUGAUGAUGAUAUCAAUGGCAAUUCAAGAUCAUCAAAUAUAGAAGUGGUGAUCAUGUCGUCAGAGAAUUCGGUGAAAUCGAAUGUCUUAGCUGCAUUUCGUUUACGUGGACUGGAUUUGAAAUUUGAUGCGUCGCAAUAUCUUGUGGAACUUGCAUCGAGUGUUCCUUCGGCUUCGUUAAUGUCUUGGCUUGAUCAAUUGAUUGACUUGUUGACAAAACGAAAUCUCUCGUCUUCGAUCGUGGACAAAUCACUUGUGACGAAUGUCGUUCAAGAACUAAGAGCUCAACUCUCGAAUGAUUCUCAUAGUGAAGCACUUUUCUCAGUUCAAAACGCCUUUUCCUUGCCGAAGUUUAUCUAUUCGAGAUCAAUGAAGAAAUUCAUUGAAAAAGAAAUUGAUAGUGAUCUAUUCGGAAAUGCUCGUACACGUUCGGAAGUAUUCUGGGAACGAUAUGAUUUGUUGUUACAAAGAACAUCAAGACAUGAUGUAUUUUCACAAGUUAAUUUAGCCGCAGCGGCAACAAGUAAAGGUCAAAAGUAUCAAUUGAAAACCAUCGAACAUCUGUUAGCUGCUGGUUCAAAAUCGGAAAAGGUCGUUUUACUCGGCAUGUUAUCGCAACUACAUGAGGCAAAAUAUGAUCUACAAGAUCCAACUGGCGUUAUUUCUCUCAAUUUAGAUAAUGCGAUCUUUCAUCCAGGAUUCUAUUUCGAAAACUGUUUCGUUCUUGUCGAAGGACAGAUUGACGACGGCGUUUUCAACGUUUCAGGUGUUGGUUUGCCACCACCGGAAACAGCCCAGAAUACAAGAUCGUACUUUGGUGAAAUCAAUAUAACUGGAAAUCCGCAUGACCAAAGCGCCAAAACUAAGAUUCGCCUGAAAGAAAUUGAAGAAAAAUCCGACGAUGCUUUUGUUUUCCUUUCGGAUGUUUGGCUCGAUGAUAAAAAGGUCAUGGAACAUAUCGAACAAUUAUUCGAUGGCUUUGCUGAUCAACCACCAUUCGCAUUUAUUUUCUGUGGCAACUUCCUUUCUCGACCAACAGCAAAUCUCUAUAUCAAUGAUUUGUCAGAUGCUUUUAAAAACUUCGCAAAAUUGGUUGGAAGAUAUCCAGAUAUAUGUGAACGUGCUCAUUUCGUCUUUGUGCCAGGCCCUCAGGAUCGUCAUGCACCGAAAAUCUAUCCUCGUGCACCAUUUCCUCCAUCGAUCAACGAUAUUUUGAAGAAACGUAUUCGUCACCUUCACCUCGCAACGAAUCCUGUUCGAAUCCAAUACUGCACUCAAGAAAUCGUCAUCUUUCGUGAAGAUCUCUUGCAGAAACUGUGUCGCUAUUGUAUCAAAUUACCCUCAGAUAACUUACCCAUGCAUCUUUGUCAUACACUUGUCGCUCAAGCACAUCUAUCACCAUUGCCAGUUUAUAUGACACCAGUCUAUUGGUCAUACGAUCAUGCACUUCAUUUGUAUCCUUUGCCGGAUCUCGUCGUUAUUUGUGAUAAAUUCAAAUCAAUCACAGAUACGAUCGCUGAUUGUACAAUUAUCAAUCCGGGCUCAUUUGCAAUCAAUAAAUAUUGCUUCAAAGUGUACCUACCGGGAACACGUGAAGUCGAAGAUAGUCAGAUAACCAAUAUAUUGGAUGAAAUUAUGAUGACAAAUACACGACCUAGUUUGGAUAUUCUUGUACCAUUAGUUAUGGUAGAUGAGAAUACGACAAACGACGAAAACAUGGAGAGUUUAUCAUAUGAACCAGAGAAAGAAAUCUUUCGUCAUUUCGAAUCAGGUGAUAUUGUUCUCGUUCGAUUAGAUACACAAUGUUUUCCUGCUAUUGUUUUUAAUAUCAGUGGUCUUGUUAUGAAAUUUGAUAUCGAUCGACAAUUGUAUCACGUGUGUCUAUUCGAUAAAGAAUUUACUGAGAAAUGGAUUGAUGCCACUGAUAUGAUUAGCUAUUCAAUACCAAUGGUAGCCGAAGAAAUCUCCAACGACAAUGAAGAGAAAUGUCGUCUAGAAGAAUUUAGAAAGCGGUUUCAGGAAGUCAGACAUCAAGAAGAACCAGUUUUAUCGAUGAACACAUCGAGAAAUAAUCGACGAACUCGUAGUUCAGUUUCCAAAGCAACCGGUCAACAAAUCGUUAUCUCUCCACUAACCACCUGCGAAGGACUAUAUAUCAUUGAUACGAUAUAUCGACUAUCUCCUUGUAAAUAUGCUGAUGCCAAACGUCUUGCUGAAGAGACUUAUACAAAAAUCAUUUGUACGAAUAAUCGAGAAAAUGUUCAAACAUGUCCAGUCGAAUUGGCAUCAGAUCAAUGGUUUUUUACCUUCGCUAUUGAACAUGCACCAUAUUUUCGACAGUAUUCAUCGAGCUGGUUACCAGAAUUGGAAGAAAUGCUGGAUAAGAAUGAGAACAACCAUGAUCUGCUUUCACUGAUCUCACUAAUGAAAGAAUCAGCUUGA